GUGUCUGGGCUGGAGUCGCUCGGCAGCAGCGGUGGCAGGGUUGCGAUUUAACGAUUUUUUCCUGGUUUGAAAAAUGGACACGUUAAAUAAGCUGAAGCAGUUUGACGCGUACCCGAAGACGCUCGAGGAUUUCCGGGUGAAAACGUGGGGCGGAGCGACGGUGACCAUCAUCAGCGGUCUCAUCAUGUUGAUCCUGUUCUUCUCCGAGCUGCAGUACUAUCUCACUAAAGAGGUUCACCCGGAGCUGUACGUCGACACGUCACGAGGAGACAAGCUCAAGAUCAACAUCGACAUCACCUUCCCUCACAUGCCCUGCGUCUAUCUCAGUAUAGAUGCCAUGGACGUGGCAGGGGAGCAGCAGCUCGACGUCGAACAUAACCUGUUCAAACAGCGGCUGGACAAAGACCUCAAACCUGUCACCUCCGAGGCCGAGAAACACGAGCUCGGUAAAGACGAAGAAGGCGAAACGUUUGACCCCAGUAAGCUGGACCCGGAAAGAUGUGAGAGCUGCUACGGAGCUGAGACUGACGACCUCAGGUGCUGUAACAGCUGUGAUGACGUGCGGGAGGCGUACCGGCGGCGAGGCUGGGCCUUCAAGAACGCCGACACCAUCGAGCAGUGUAAGAGAGAGGGCUUCACGCAGAAGAUGCAGGAGCAGAAGAACGAGGGCUGCCAGGUGUACGGCUUCCUGGAAGUCAACAAGGUGGCAGGAAAUUUCCACUUUGCUCCGGGGAAAAGUUUCCAGCAGUCUCACGUUCACGUGCACGCUGUGGAAAUCCACGACCUGCAGAGUUUUGGCCUCGAUAACAUCAACAUGACCCAUCUAAUAAAGCACCUGUCCUUUGGGAAAGACUACCCGGGCAUCGUAAACCCUCUGGACGGGACAGAUGUCACAGCGCCACAAGCGUCCAUGAUGUACCAGUAUUUUGUAAAAAUAGUGCCAACCAUCUACAUGAAAGCAGACGGAGAGGUGGUGAAGACGAACCAGUUCUCGGUGACGAGGCACGAGAAAGUGGCCAACGGGCUGAUCGGAGACCAGGGGCUGCCGGGCGUCUUCGUCCUGUACGAGCUCUCCCCCAUGAUGGUCAAGUUCACAGAGAAACACAGGUCGUUCACACACUUCCUGACAGGAGUGUGUGCCAUCAUCGGAGGAGUGUUUACAGUGGCCGGCCUGAUCGACUCGCUCAUCUACCACUCAGCCAGAGCCAUCCAGAAGAAGAUAGAGCUGGGAAAAACCUCCUAACACACACAGACACAAACAGGCAGACAGACAGACAGACAGCGCCCCCUGCUGGCCGGCACCGUGCAACACAGAAAGAGAGAGAGAGAGAGAGAAAGAGAGACAGAGAGAGAGAGAGAGAUGGAAGGAGAGGCAGAAGAUGUUUUGGAGAAGUUAGAAGAGUCGGGACCGUCUCUGCUUCCUCUCUCUCUCUUUUCCGUCGGACUGAAGGAGAGAAAAACAGCAAGACAGACAGAUGAACAGAGACACACAGACUGUCUCCCUCUCUCUCUCUCUCUCUCUCUCCUCUCUCUCUUUCCUCCAGCUUUAAAAGCACUGAAGAGGAACGUCGGCACCUUGAAUUUCCUCUCCACUGUUUUUGAUUUCCGCUGGAGGACAGACGGGAUGGAUUUUAGACACGCCUGAACGUGAGAGGACAGACAGACAGACAGACAGGUCCGGUCCGGUCCGGUCCGGUCCGGUCCGGUCCGUCAGAGCCAGUCUCCAGAAGCAGAGGGUGAACCUUUCCUCUCUCCACUUCCUGUUUGCUUCCUGUUUACUCCAGCGCAGGUCGGCGCCACACGCGGUACGCCGCCUGUUCACGGCUUCUGUCUGGAGGAGUGGAGCGGCGAGCCCGGAGAGUCUGUAACAUCUUUAAACUCUCGCUUUACUUCCUGGGGAACAGUGGAUCUUUAGAGGCGGCGUCAAGCUGCACCAGUUGGUAGAGGUAACAGUUUCAGCCAAUAAAAGUUUAACUAAUUUUUAAACUUGGAACAGCCCCGCCCCUCAAAUCAAAAUCCUCCCUUUCUUGAUAUUUAAUGACCCCUCCCUGCAUUACCCGUCGGAUCAGCGGUGCGUUCAGGUAAUCCCCAUCAACGACUUUUCUGAGGAUCACCUGAACGCAGCAUACAGCAUGAUCCCUUCUCAUGAGAUUGCUGCAGAUUAUUUAUUAUGUUUUUUUUUUUUUUUUUUUUUUUUUUUUACAAUCUACUGGUCAGAAACUUUGGACUCACUACAAUUUCCCAAGUUCACCGAUUCAGACGGUUUAAUUUUUUAAAAUCUUUUCUCAUAGAGCGCAUCGUGCCAAAGCAAGCGAUUCGUAUCUGAACCCUCAAACCCCAAUUCCCCGGCGUUGCCAUGACAACAGGUGCCGCUUAAUCUGUUGCGGUGUAGUCAGCUCAGGCGGCGGCGGCGGCGUUAAGGACGACAUGACGACGCCUCAGUUCACUCAAAACUUCAGUUCUCGUAACAAAUAAUGUUGAAAUGAUAAAACUGGACGCCUUUUGUCAGUCUGCUGAUCGAUGACGGCGGCUCGCUUGGAGGGGAGGAACUUCCAAAAAUUAGAAGAUAAAAAUAUAAUUGUCAUAUGGUGGAAAAGAUAAAAGUGUAAUUAAAUUGAUGAAUUCAUUGUUAAAUUAUAACUAGAGACAGGAGUGACUUGAUCAAAUCAGCUUCAUCAGUUCAGUUACACUUUUUUCAACAUUUAGCAGCCACACUCAGUGUCACUUUAUCAGCUCCACCUGUUCAGGUCAGCAGCUCUGACAUCAAUUCUACCUUUGAAGAAAGUUUAUAAUGUUCAGUUUGUGUUGACAUUGUGGAGAAU